AAGAAAAAUGGGCUUGACCUAAAAAUUUUCCAAGUCUUUUUCUUCUUAGUCUUCUUGGCAUCAUUCAUAAUUGACGUUGAAGCUCCAAAAUAGUGAUUUUUGUUGACUUGAAAUAUGGGGUCAAGCUGAUGGAAUAUCAAACGACUCUUCAUUUCUACGGGGGCAGAACUUAGGAAGGAAGCAAUAUUCACAGCACAAGGAUCUGAAAGCCAUGAACAGAAACACAUCAAAACUUCUCAAGAUCUUACUGGCUCUCUUCGCUUUGAAUUCUGUAUCUUUAUACCUCUAUUUUUCUCACUCUAAUUCUCAUAACCACCACUCUCACGGCGACCUUGGUCCUAAUGAGCGAUCAAACCUCAGUCUGCCCCACCAAUUCUCCAAAGCCUGGCCGAUUCUCCCCUCUUAUUUACCCUGGUCUCAGAACCCCAAAGUUCGUUACCAGUCUUGCGAGGCCUAUUUCGGAAAUGGGUUCACAACCCGGGUUGAUCUCCUCCCGUCUCCGGCUGCCGGGAACGAAGGAGGCGGGGGAGGGUGGUUUCGUUGCUUUUAUAGUGAAACCCUGAGGAGUUCUAUUUGUGAAGGGGGAAAAUUGAAGAUGAAUCAUGAGAAGAUUGCGAUGUCAAAGGGCGGUGAAAGGAUAGAGGAUGUGAUGGGAAGAAGAGAUGAAGAAGAGUUGCCGGAGUAUCAAAACGGUGCGUUUCAGAUUGAGGGAGAUGGGGUUUUGGGUUUUAGAGGGAAGAGAGUUGGGAAAAGGCUUGUGAAUGAUGAUUUUCUUAAUACGUAUGUGCCACGUGGAGGGAUUGAUAUGCAUACAAUGAGAGGGUUGAUUGGGUCAAUUGAGGUUGUGGAUGCCAAGGUUUUUGAUGAGUGUGAGCAGUGGUUGGAGGAGCCGACACUUCUGGUUACUCGGUUUGAGUAUGCAAAUGUUUUUCACACAUUUACGGAUUGGUAUAAUGCGUAUGUGUCUUCAAGAGUUACUGGCUUGCCAAAUCGACCUCAUGUGAUUUUUGUUGAUGGACACUCUCAGACACAAUUGGAAGAAACAUGGGAAGCAUUGUUUUCAAGCAUUAGAUAUGCUAAAAACUUUAGUGGACCAGUUUGCUUCCGCCAUGCCAUUCUUUCACCUCUGGGAUAUGAGAAUCCACUAUUCAAGGGGCUGAGUGAAGAUAUACCUUGUCAUGGAGCAUCUGCACAUGAUUUGCGGCAAAACCCUGACGAUAAAAAAACUGCACGUUUGUCUGAGUUUGGAGAAAUGAUUAGAGCAUCUUUUGGGUUUCAAGUUAAUAGACACCACAUUGAAAAGCCAGGCUUGGGACAUAAUGUACUUUUUGUAAGACGUGAAGAUUAUUUAGCCCAUCCACGCCACAGUGGUAAAGUUCAGACAAGGCUAAGCAAUGAACAAGAAGUAUUUGAUUCUUUACAGAGUUGGGUGUCUGAUAAUCCAACAUGUAAAAUAAAUCUUGUUAAUGGACUGUUUGCGCAUAUGUCUAUGAAGGAUCAAGUCAAAGCCAUUCAAGAUGCCUCAGUAAUUAUCAGUUCUCAUGGUGCUGGUCUCACUCACAUGGUAUCUGCUAUGCCAAAAACAGUGAUUCUAGAGAUUAUCUCUAGCCAAUAUAGACGCCCACAUUUUCAAUUGAUUGCACGAUGGAAGGGUUUGGAGUAUCAUGCCAUUUAUCUUGAUGGAUCAUAUGCCAAACCUGCAGUUGUUACUGACAAGCUUAGCAGCAUAGUGAAAAAUCUUGGAUGCUGAAUCAUUUUUCGGUUUUUCCCCGAACUGAUACACUCUCUGGGAGCAGGGAGUCUGAAGUGAUCUAACUUGUCUCUUGUUUUCUCUGUUAUACAGAAAAUUCUUGAACCGGAUUUCGUCAUAUUAAAGAGUUAAAUCAAAUCUGUUGUCAAACCAAGCAGGUGGCUCAGGAAAUGCUACUGGUAGAUAGAAGCCUGGACCCUUAUCUUCUUUCGCAAUUGUCAUCAACGUUUUCUGGAAGAUCAGUGAGCAAGAAUUGGAAUGGCAGUGGAUGUUUUCCUGACAGACACUGAACUGAUCAAUACAUCUGUGAGGGGACCAACAAAUUUGAGUAAUUUUUCUGGAAGCUUUUUUUUAAAUUUACUCACACUGAUUGCAUCUGUACACGUUCGAUUUCAUUUUCGAUUUUUCGGCAUCAAAUACAUCAUGUAUUGUAUGUCACAUAUUGAUAUUCGAUGAAGAGAAAAAACCAGUUUAGAACUA